GAAAUGAUUCUGCACUUUUUUUUCCUUUCUGACCAGAGUCAUCUUUUAAAAUAAAAGCAUGACUGUUUCCUGUAGUCAUUUCCCCAGUUUCUUUUCCGCCUUUUAAAAAAAGGGGUGACCUUUCUACGUUAGUCAUGAGCCGAAGUCCCCUUGGAGGAGUCGACCUUCUGCUCGCUGCCUCCACCUCCGGCUUCCACCAUGAGGCGUGUCUUUCUGUCCUGGGCGGCCGCCGCUGUCUUCUUGCUGGGGCACGCGAACGCAUCAGGGAAAACCAAGCCGGGAAGCGCAUUGGAUCUUCAGGUGAUCAACUUUAAUUUCGAAACCGUGCAGGUUACGUGGAACACAAAUGCAUACGCCGGGAUCAACUUCACGUUCAUUUACAAAUUCAAGACAAAGGAGGAAUACAGACCCUGCUCCAGCUACGUGCUUCAGCAAGGUUACAGGGCCGGCUGCCUGCUGGAUGUGCAAGGAGAUGGACCUCUGUAUUUUUCCAUCCGGAAUGGAACAGAGCCCCUGCUCACCAAGGGCCUAGAGAUUAGCGCUUACUUGAAACCCAGAUCCCCCGACGACCUGAGCUUCCAGUGGCGGGAGGAAGCCGUGACGGUGACCUGCUCCAACCUGGGAUACAACGAUCUCCAGUAUGAAAUCCAGCACAAGACCAUCUUUGACUCCGAGUGGCAGUCUGCAGAGGCAGAAACCUGCAACAUCACCAUCAACGGUUUGGAUGCUGAGAAGUGUUACUCCUUCCGGGCCAGGGUGAAAGCUCUGGAGUUUGCCUACGGCUCAGAAACGUACCCCAGUGACUGGUCAGAGGUGACGCACCAACAGAGGGGUGUGCUGCGAGAUUCAUGCUGGGAAAACAGCUUUUUCCCCAAAUUUAUUUUAAUUGCUGGCAUGGUCUCCUUCCUGACAGUCUUCCUUCUGCUUCUGUCUCUAUGGAAACUACACAGGAUUAAGAAGGUUCUCAUGCCCAGCGUUCCUGAUCCCAAGUUCUCUUUCUUGGGGCUCUUUGAAUCCCACCAAGGUAACUUCCAGGAGUGGAUCAAGGACACGCAGAACGUGGCCCCCUUGAACAAAAUGGAAGACGGGGACCUGGAGUGCGCCCCCGAAGAUGCCGUGGUCGUCCAGCCGGCCGAGGCCGAGACGCCCAAGACCGUGGUGAUGGCGAGCCCGCUGUACCCGCAGACGGGGGAGGAAGAGGGCGCCGGGGACUCCGGCCAGCUCCCUCGCCAACAGCCCCAGGGCCGUGGGGUGAUCUCUCUUGGGGAUUUCACGUUUGUGAUGAGUGACAACUCUUACAUGAUGUUAUGAGGGGGUGCAAACUCACAAGCCAACGUCCCACUCUACGUUGAUGCUUGACGACCUGGGAGAACAUCUUGGGGGCCCCAAAAAAAACCACCAUAAAGGGGACUCCCCGGAACCAAGGAUGCUGACGUCUAAGGUCACCCAGUGCCCCAACGCCCCAACCCGUGUCUGAGGUCACCCAGCGCCCCUUCACCCUCAACCGAUGCAUCCCAUUCAUGCUGACAUCCAAGGGCUUGAAGGUGGACGGCCUGUAGGCGGCAGACGCUUGGUCGGGCUGGUUCUUGCCGUCACCUGGCUCUCAUAAAUCAUAAGGGAAGACGACCAAGGCCACCCUGCUUUGCACGCGCCCACCCGCCCGCUCCUGUCCUUUCCACAUUUCCACUCGCAAGUGGGUCCUGGAUCAUUUGUCACUCAUCACACGUACCCAGCCGGCCAGGUGCAGAACACCUGCUUUACUGACACCGAACAGCCACCCACCUCCCGCCCUGGAGAGAGAGAAAAAAAAUUCUACAGUCGCUGAGGCAUUUUACAAACCAGGGUUCCGUUUAACUAGUGACUCAGGCCCUUGGUCCUGAGAGAUACUUGAAUGUAAAGGUGCUCCAGAGGAACAAAGCGUCCCA